AUGGGCGGCGAGCGUGCGCUCGACAUCCUGGCCCGCAAGAACAUGGAGAAGUACGGCGACACGAGGCUGCGGGAGGUUAACCGGGACUACCAGCCGGUCUGCAGCUUCGGGGGCGGCGAGAAGGAGCGCGCCGACGGCCAGGUGAAGUUCGGCAUCAUUGGCGGGGGCAUGGCGGGUGACUUCUCCAUCAACGGCUUCGCGAAGGACGCCCCGAUCAUCGUGUCCAACAAGGUGCUGGAGAAGCUUGGGGCCGUCGUGGACUGCGGCGCGGGAGCAGCGGCUUUCGCGAAGCUGGCCCUGGGAGUUCCGGCCCAGCUAGAGGAGUCACCGGACGGCGGACACUACUACAUGAGCCUGGUGGACGACCUUCUCGAGCAGAAGGUCUGGGGUCCGGCCAAGCUGCAUAAUUUCACGAUUAUCUGCAACCACCUCUCUGAGUGGGGCACGGGGUGCGGCUCGAGCGCGCAGAAUGCCAGCGCCGCGCAGUCCACGAAGAAGGCCCAUCUGCCCGCGAAGGCGACGAAGCUCGGAGCUCACGCGGCACUGGGCAUGACCAACCCGUCGCUCAAGCUCUCGAUCCGCAAGGCGAUUCUCCAGAUGCACCCGCCGGAGCCGACCGACAACAUGGGCUUCGGGAAGUACGGCGCUCUGACGUACCAGCAGGUCCUGAAGCGGUGCCCUUCCUACGCGGCCUGGACAAUGGACGCGGCGAAGGAAGACGAGCUCGAGGAGCAGGAGAGGCUUGAGGGCGCAGCCCAGGAGGAGAGGAACACGAAACAGUUCAUCCAGCAGCAGAUGCUGACCACCCUGAGCCACCUCAGCCAGCGACUGGGGAGGCUCGAGGGGCAGCCGAGCUCCGCGAGCUCCAACGGCGAGAGCUUCGUUCCAGCUGUCAUGGAAGCAGCGCGCAGCCCGGCCUCCAUCCUGAGCAGGAAGAUGGCGGAGAAGUUCGGAGAGGAUGCAGCGCGACGAGUUAGUGCGUGGAAUGGCCCCGAACUCGGGGCACCUGCCGGGAGCCAGAAGGCCAGGGAGGAUCGCGAUGAUGCUGAGCCGGACCACUUGUGGGUCAGCAUGCGGCGUGGGCCACUGUCGAGUCUCACCCUCGGCUUCAUUGGCGCCAGCCCUCUGAGGGCCAAGGCCGCCGGGAAGCGCAGGCCCCAGGCGAUCAAGGAAUACAAGGCCGCGGUGCAGCAGGUGUACGACCAGGUGGCGCAGGAGAAGCAUGCGCACUGGGAGUGGCCCAUCAAGUGCGAGGGCUGGGGCCGCAGGAUGGUCUGGCAGAUGAUCGAGGACUUCUCGGCGACGGUGGUCAAGGCCGCCGGGUGCCAGCUCGGAGUGAAGAACGAGUUGGGUCAGCCCCUGCUCACGGAGUGGCUGAUCGCCACGGCGUCCUCGAAGAUGGCGGCCAGGAUGGCCUUGGAGUGCCCCGGGGGCCACAAGCGCGGCGAGCUCGCCGGAGGCAGCCUCGCGGCAGCUAGGAGUUACUACGCGGAUGAGUUCGCGAAGAGGGCAGUCCAGGCGAUGAUCGAGGAGGUCCCCCCAGACUACCGCGAGUUCCUGGGGUGCCUGACGGGGCCCGAGGCGCCGGAGGGACAGGCGCUAGCCUCUGGGAGCGAAGAGACGUCAACAGGGGCAGACCCUAGUUCGAAGGAGUUCCAGCAGAUCAUGCGUUGGCUGGCCUCCGUACACCGAGGGUCAGGCCACGGCUCCAAGACCGCCAUGCUGAGCGCACUCAGGCGAAAGGGGGCGAGCCAACUGGCGCUGCAGGUGGCCCAGGGUUUUCGCUGUGACGCGCGCGAAGAGGCGAAGCAGCCCCGCCCCGCGCACCCGCCGGUCAGCCUGGAGGUUAUCCCCCUGAUGUGGAAGCACAUCCAGGCCGACCAGUUCGAGUGGGGGCACCCCCGCAAGAAGAUCAAAUCGAAGUUCUUGCUCGCCAUCGACGAGAACUGCAGGGCGCGGGUCAGCAAGCUGCUCUACCACAUGGUGGGCGAGGACCGGCGCCGCGACCCAGUCUGGGCCGACCUCGAGGUUUUGUGCGAGGAGCGCUGGCUGCCAUAUUUUGGGAAACCGCAGCAGGUGAAGGUGGGCCCUGAGGGCUCGUUGAUGUCCAAGCAGGCUGCUGACUGCUUCGGCUCCGACUCCAUCGGAUACGAGCCGAGCCACUUCCCGCUUCAGCACGCCCCGGGAAUGGCGCUUGACUUGGGCGGCCAUUUCUUCGAGAACGACUUCGACGAGAUGCCCUGCGCCGAGGCCCGGCGCGUCGACAAGGAGUGCGGCGAGAACUGCGCCAGGAUGUACGCGGCGGAGCAGGAGUACCUGAGGCAGGUCUACAUGCGGCGCAUCAGCCGAGCCGAGAACGCGAAGAGCCAGACGCUCAUGUCCGCGGCGCCAGGCCUGUGGGCGCGCUACUUCCGCAAGGAGAAGGGCGAGACCAAGGGCCGAUUCAAGGGGCUCGCGAGGGUGCCGGCCACAGAGCAAGGGUGCCCCUGGACUAUCAACGCCUUCAUGAACCAGGCGAUGCGGCUGGAGCACCUGGACUUCAAAGGGCACGAUCCCACAGAGCACGACGUAGAGUGCUCGACCUGGGAAGGGGCGCCCCCGGAAGUCUCGAUGGGCCCCCCCCUCGCCGGCAAGGCCUCGAGGCAGGCCACCAGGCGCGCGAACACCUACGUGGCGAGCCAGUGGAGGAAGGGGAAGCGCGAGAUCUCCGAGCGGACCCUCGACCCAGACGAGCUGGACAGAUUCGACGAGGCAAAGGCCACCGAGGUGAACAACUACAUCAUAUCCUCGGUCCUCGAGACCCUGCCUCCUGGAGUCACGCCGCCACCUGGCGAGGUCGCGCGUAUGAGGUGGAUCCUGGAGUGGAAGAUCGACGAGAGCACUGGCGACAAGAUGGCAACAGCGAGGAUCGUGGUUUUUGGCGACGUGGGCCCCGAGUGCGGGCAUUGCCCGACCACGGCUCCAACGAUGACGCGUACUUCCAGACACCUGCUGCUGCAGAUGAUGUCGUGGCCUGGCUUCAAGGGGUACAAGGCGGACGUGACUGGAGCUUUCACCCAGAACCGUGAGAUUCAGCAGAACCUGUUCGUGAUGCCCGUGAAGGAAUUGGCCACGGCGCUGGGAUUGCCCGAGGGUGUCGCCAGGAGGCUCCGGAAGGCCGUGUACGGGCUCGUCGAGGCAGCCAUGGAGUGGUUCAUGACGGUGAGCGAGGCACUUGCGGAUUUCGGCUGGACUCAGAUGAAGAUGGGCCCGCGCGCCUGGGUGCUACGCGGCGACGCGCGCGGCCGGGGCAACAGCUUCACCCAGGAGGCGCUGCGGGAGUUCAUUGGCCCAGAGCUGCUCAAAGAGCUGGUCGCCGCGAAAGGCGACCUUGACAUCGUGGCGGUCGCCGGGCCGCACGUGGACGAUUUCGUGCUGGGCGGUAGGGCAUUUGAUCCGCGAUGGCCCAGGGCUCGACAGCAGAUUCAUGGGCGUUUGCCCAUAGAGAAGGCCCUCCUAACUCCCGAGCGCAAGAGGAACACGGAAGCAGGGGCCACUGACAGGGGGAAGGGCCAGCUCAGUGCGAUCCUGGGCGCCGUCGGCUGGCGCUCGGAGCGGUCUGGCCCAAUGAAUUCCGCUGACACAUGCCUGCUGCUGAGCACCAUUCCCUCGUCCACGGUGCAGACCGUCAACGAGACGAACAGGCUGGUCGACCGAGUGCAGGGGCAUGCUGACCUGCCGUUCGCGAUCCCAGGAUAUCGCAGCUCCGUCGCCUGUGACACUCGAUCCGCUGUGGAUGCGGAGGACGAGCUGUUCGGUAUCAAGUUGCAGUGGCUCGAGAUGCUAGGCAACAACAUCGACUGGCGCAACUUGGAGGACACACUUGCCAAGCUGCCAGGGGCCGUCGUGGUGGAUGCCAAGGGCCUGUGCGACAAGCUCCAGACCACAGUCUACACCUUCCGCGGCACGGAGAAGCGGACUGACGUAGAGGCGAUGACACUGAAGGAGGGGACCCAGGCCGCCCACAACAGGAUGCUCUGGGUCCACGGCAAUGCCCAGCUAGCAAACUCCCUGACCAAGGGGCACGAGCCACGACAGCUAAGGAUGGACUUCAGCAGCGGCCAUCGCUGGAAGCUGGUAA